AGACGCGGCGCUAAGAGCGCAGAGUGCGCAGGGAGCGCGGAGAGCCGGUGACGCGCGCAGCCACAGAGGCAGACACAGAGGAGACAGGGGCGCCGGGGCAGUUCGUGUCACUCCUGCAGGACCUCUUCUACGAAGAACACAUCACCUUGUAGUGCACGAGAGGCUGGACAUAUUUUUAGGAAGAGCAAUACACUCUAAUUGGAAACGUUUAUUUUCCGUGCUAAUAAUAUAAGGUGCCAGGAGGAGGCUUCGCCGGGUCUCCGUGGACGCGCUGCCUUACUCACUCACUGUGUGUGUUAACAGAGCACUGGACCCGUUCGGACAACCCGGGCUCCGCACAGUAAUGAGCGAGGUCUGAUGACUGAGGAGAAGCACGCAGCCGGUACACGGUCACGGAUGAGUUACCGGGACGGAGACGGAGGAGCCCGCAGUCCUACAUAACUGGCCGGAUCAAGGAUCGAGGGGAUUAAACCAUCGUAGGAGAACCGGGACAGUCUCUGAGUCUGGGCACUGUGUGGAAACCGGAGUUUCAACCUCUCUUCUACUUUCCUUGGAAGAAUCGUCAUGGGCGCCUUCUCUCUGUCUGUGUAUUAUUUCACAGGAGGAGCAACAUUCGCGGCGCUUGUCAUCAUAAUUUAUCGUUAACACUAGUUAAAUAUUGCCACAACGUAAGAUUCUUUUCCCACAAACGUGGAAGUCUUUCAGAUUUUCCCAGUGCCGUUUUUAUUUUUCAUCGGUAUUAUAGUUGGUGCAUGUGCAGGAUUUCAUUUUAAAACACGGAUACUGGAGUAUGUUACACAUCGCCUCCGCUGCCUCACUCCGCAGUUCCUCCGUCGUAUUAUUAAUAUCAUUAUUAUAGGCUGCUCUUCGUUGCCUGGGCUCGUAUCCCGGAUCCUUCAUGAUUUGCGGACGUCAUGCUCGUUUCUUAGCCGGGAAACCCUCCUCUCGUCCCGCAUGUUCAGGACCAAACGGUCGGGGCUCGUCCGGCGACUCUGGAGGAGCCGAGCUCCCGUCGAUGGUGACGGGGAGGCAGACGCUCGAACCCGCGGUCCCGGGGGCUGCUGCAUGGGCAAAUCGAGCAAGGCGUCCAAGUCCAACUGUGCGUCGGAGGCUGAACUGAAGUCGCUGACCUACUCCGUGCUGAAGAGAAUCAAGGAGAAACAAUUGGAGGCGCUUCUGCAGGCGGUGGAGUCCAAGGGAGGCGCGCGGAGUCCCUGCCUCCUGCUGCCCAGCAAAGUGGACUCGAAGCUGGGGCAGCACUCGUACUCGCUGCCGAUGCUGCUCUAGGUGUUCCGGUGGCCGGACGUGCGGCACUCCUCCGAGCUCAAAAGGCUCUACUGCUGUGAAUCGUACGGGAAGGUGAACCCGGAGCUCGUCUGCUGCAACCCGCACCACAUGAGCCGGCUCUGCGAACCAGAGUCCCCACCUCCACCUUAUUCCCGAUACCCGGUGGACUUUCUUAAACCACCAGACUCUCCAGACUCGGUGCCUGCUUCCACUGAAACUGGGGGGAUUAACUAUUCGGCCCCUGGGGGGCUUUCAGAUUCCCAGGCUCUCCAGGAGGAGCGUGCGCACUGGUGCGUUGUGGCCUACUGGGAGGAGAAGACCCGUGUCGGGCGCCUCUACUCGGUCCAGGAGCCCUCCCUGGACAUCUUCUAUGAUCUACCUCAGGGGAAUGGCUUCUGUCUUGGGCAGCUCAGCUCUGACAACAAGAGCCAGCUUGUGGAGAAGGUGCGCAGCAAGAUCGGCUACGGCAUCCAGCUGACACGUGAACAAGAUGGCGUGUGGGUCUACAACCGAAGCUGCUACCCCAUCUUCAUCAAGUCAGCCACACUGGACAACCCUGAUUCGCGGACUCUGUUGGUGCACAAGGUGUUCCCUGGCUUCUCCAUCAAGGCCUUUGACUAUGAGAAGGCAGGCAGUCUACAGAGGCCCAACGACCACGAGUUCUCGCAGCAGCCCCGUACAGGAUUUACAGUGCAAAUCAGCUUUGUCAAGGGCUGGGGACAGUGCUAUACGCGGCAGUUCAUCAGCAGCUGCCCCUGCUGGCUGGAGGUCAUCUUCAACAACCGAUAGCAGUAGCGUGUCUCCCCCAUGGACUAGGGAAGCAAUGGGGAUCGGCAGGCUGAAAGCAGAAGUACAGUCAAAUCCAAGGACUAGUUUAAAUGAGUUAGAUUUAAUUAAUAAAAAGAUAAUGUAUUUUAUGUUAUAAAUAUAUUACGUGUACAUACAAAGACAUUUUAUAUACAGCGUUAUUUAUGUAUUGUGCAAUGUGUUCAUGAGGAAAAAGGAAAGAUGCACUUUGCUUAAUAUAAUGACAAAACAAAAAUGCCAAAACGUAAGUAAUACCUGAGACACAAGAUUGAUGUUUUUCUAUGGGUUUUGUAACCCAGUUGAAUGUUUUUAA